CCGCAAGUGCUACUUUUUCAACAUUCCGGCCCCCAACCUCGUCGGACAACAUCAGCUUGCAGUGAUUACUCCCCUGAAUCCUAAAAGUAACUGCCGCUCGCCAGGGAUUGAAACGAGUGAAGGGACGCCGUCAGGGAAGAACACUUGAUACCUUGACGGCAGCAGGCGGACGUGGAGGUGGGAGGCAAGCGCCGGCGAAGGGCGCACGCCUCGACAUUCGGAAAACUCGUGCGGGUCCCCCUCUCUGAUGCGACGCGGUGCGGACAAGAAAUGAAGCUUCAGAAUCUAUGAAACUAUGCCAUCCGCGACGGCGAGGACGACGCGUCGUCAUCGAUGCGGGGGGCAGUGGCGGCUGCGGCGACCCCAAGCGCAGCCUACGCCCCCCCCCGGCCAGUGCACGAGAAGGAUCGACGAGACAGGAGUAUCGACGAGGGGGGGAGGAGGAAGAGCAGCAGGAGGGCUGCCUCACUUGGCCUUCGCUGUGCUCGCAACCUUAUUCUCCUUCGUUGCCUUGGCCGCCUGGGCCUUCUUCUUCUUGGCCUGGGUCUCCGCCGCCUUAGCCUUGAGCUUGGCAGCCUUGGCCUUUUUCUUGUCCGCCGCGGCCGCCUUCUGUGCGGCCUUCUUCUCCGCGGCAGCGGCCUUCUUGGCCUUUAGCGCGUCCUUCUUCUUCUGGGCGGCCGCCUUCUUCUUUUCUACCUCGGCCUUCCUCUUGAGCGCCGCGGCCUCCCUGGCGGCCUUCCUCUCCUCGAGCUUCUC